AUGCUCAUUGAACAUGGUGCGGCUGAGGGCGCGCCCCUGCCUUUCGCCUACCCGCCAUCAACCGAGCAUCUGUCCGACCCCAUUCUGCCUUCCCCGCAGGUGCUCCACCAAGCCCGGGGCGCUCUGGUCAAGGCUCUGCCCGAGAAGGGUGUCGGCUACCAGAGGGCGAGCAGCCAUCUCAUCCAUGACAUUGUCCCCGCAUUGAACGCCAACAGCAGGUCUGCCAACUACUAUGGCUUUGUCACCGGCGGCGCCACUCCUGCUGCUGCCCUGGCCGAUAAUCUCGUAACAGCCUACGAUCAGAACGUCCAAGUCCAUCUCCCCAUGGAAACGGUUGCCACGGACGUGGAGGAUCAAGCGCUCCGGCUCCUGUGCCAGCUGCUCGAGCUGGAUCCCCGCGAGUGGCCCCACCGCACCUUCACCACCGGGGCUACUGCAAGCAACGUCCUGGGCCUUGCAUGUGCGAGGGAGCAUGUCCUCCGCUCCGCUGCUUCCAGGCAUUCGGGCCUGGCCAUCAGCGUCGGCGAGCUCGGUCUCGCGCAAGCUAUGCGGGAAGCCAGAGUAGAUAGUUUCCAAGUUCUCACCACCGUCCCUCACUCUUCCCUGGCUAAAGCUGCUAGCAUUGUUGGCAUCGGCCGCGCUGCAGUCAAGGCUGUCGGUCUUGCUGAUGCGCCACAUCGCUUUGACCUUGAGAGGCUGGAAGAUGCAUUGGCAGCGGACAGGACGGCGUCUAUCGUGGCCAUCUCCUGCUCCGAAGUCAACACUGGGCGUUUCGCAACGAGUGGGUAUGCAGACCUGGCAGAAUUAAGGAAGUUAAGCGACAAGUACGGCGCAUGGCUCCAUGUAGAUGCCGCAUUCGGCCUUCUGGCGAGGACGUUGGCGAAAGACGAAUUCUCGAAGAUCAUCGCGGCCACGGAUGGAAUGGAACUUGUUGACUCAAUCACCGGAGACGGUCACAAGUUGCUCAAUGUGCCCUACGAUUGCGGCUUCUUCUUCAGUCGCCAUCUGCAAGCUGCACAAGAGACUUUCCAAAACGCAAACGCCGCGUACUUGAAUGCCGGUGGAGCUGGCGAUGCAGCUUCCGUCCCUUCGCCGCUCAACAUCGGCAUCGAAAACUCCCGCAGAUUUCGCGCUCUGCCAGUCUAUGCCAGUCUUGUCGCUUACGGGAGAGAAGGCUACCGCGAAAUGUUAGAGAGGCAAAUACGGUUGUCUCGUGCCAUCGCCGGCCUCAUACUCGACCAUGCUGCAUACGAACUUCUACCUCACUCAAGUGCUUCGCGGGGCGAGAUCUUGCAACACAUCUAUGUCAUCGUACUAUUCCGUGCUCGAGACGAGAACCUCAACCGGCAGCUCGUCAGCCGUAUCAACGCUACUUCGAAGAUUUAUGUGUCUGGCACAUCUUGGGAGGGUGCUCCCGCUUGUCGCUUUGCUGUCUCGAACUGGCAAGUUGAUCAAGACCGAGAUUUGGCCAUCAUUCGCGAAGUUUUGGACGCUGUAAGCCAGGAUACUAAAUGUUCGUGA